AUGGACGUCGCGCGCGCGGUGCUCGACGGCGACGUCGCGGCGCUGGACGAGGUGGUGGAGCAAUUCUACGGCGGUGACUCUGGCAAGCGCGCGGAGGCGGAGAAGAUUUUGCAGAGUUUGCAAGAGCACGAACAGACGUGGACGCGCGUGGAUGGGAUCUUGGAGACGUCUAAGAAUGCGAAUACGAAGUUUUUCGCGCUGCAAGUGCUGGAUGGGGUGAUCAAGUACCGAUGGGGGUUGUUGCCGAACGACCAACGCGAGGGGAUCAAAAAUUUCGUGAGCAAUUUGAUCAUCAAGUUGAGCGCCGAUGAGACGACGUUUAGGCGGGAUCGGGCGUACAUCAACAAGAUCAAUAACGUGCUGGUGCAGAUUUUGAAACACGAUUGGCCGCAUCGCUGGCAGAGUUUCAUUCCGGAUUUGGUGGGCGCGGCGAGGACGAGCGAGUCGCUGUGCGAAAACUGCAUGAGCAUCUUGAAAUUGCUGUCGGAGGAAGUUUUCGAUUUCAGUCGAGGGGAGAUGACGCAAGACAAAAUUAGAGCGCUGAAGACUUCUUUGAACAGCGAGUUCAAGAUGAUUCACGAGCUGUGCGAGUUUGUCCUGACGCAUUCGCAAAAACCAGAGUUGAUAAAGACGACGCUCACGACGCUCAACGCGUUCUUGUCGUGGAUACCUCUCGGUUACAUCUUCGAGUCGUCGUUGUUGGACACCUUGCUCGCGCUCGCGCCCAAUCCGGCGUAUCGCAACAUCGCAUUCCUCUGUCUGUCGGAGAUUGGUGGUUUGAACGUCGAGGCGAAAUACGACGCGCACUUCAUCAAGCUCUACACCGUCGCCGUGGAACACCUGCUGGGCAUCUUGCCUCGCGGCGUGAACAUCGCCCAGGCGUACGCCAACGGUACGGAUGACGAGCAGGCGUUUGUGCAAAACUUGGGCAUCUUCCUCACUCAAUUUUUCAAAGCUCACAUCGUGCUCUUGGAAUCGACCGCCGAGUUGCAGCAAUCGAUGCUCAUCGGCAUCGAGUAUCUUUUGAACAUUUCCUACGUGGAAGAACCUGAAGUUUUCAAGGUUUGCCUCGAUUACUGGCACUUCAUGGUGUGUGAUGUGUUCCAAUCCGAAGGCGGUGAUGCCGGGGACUUCCGAUUCGGCGGAGAUGUCGUCGCUCAAAACGAGCGAGGCGUAAACCGUCGAGUGCUGUACGCCGCGCCGUUUAGCAAACUGCGCUUGCUGAUGAUUUCGCGCAUGGCCAAACCGGAGGAGGUUUUGAUCGUAGAGGAUGAAAAUGGGAACAUCGUGCGAGAAACUUUGAAGGAUAACGACGUCUUGGUGCAGUACAAGAUUAUGCGCGAGACUCUGAUUUACCUUGCGCAUCUCGACCACAAGGAUACCGAAACGCAAAUGCUCGAAAAACUGCACGCGCAGCUCAACGGUCGUGAGUACACGUGGCAUACGUUGAACACGCUCUGUUGGGCCAUCGGUUCGAUCAGUGGAUCCAUGCAAGAGGAUCAAGAGAACCGAUUUCUGGUGACCGCCAUUCGAGACUUGCUCAACCUGUGCGAAAUCAUGCGCAUGAAGGACCACAAAGCCGUCAUCGCGUCAAACAUCAUGUACGUUGUCGGACAGUACCCGCGCUUCUUACGUCUACAUUGGAAGUUCUUGAAGACCGUGGUGAACAAGCUGUUCGAGUUCAUGCACGAGACGCAUCCGGGUGUGCAGGAUAUGGCGUGCGAUACGUUUCUGAAGAUCUCCAUGAAAUGCAAGCGCAAAUUUGUCAUUUUACAAGUUGGCGAGACGGAGCCGUUCGUCGACGAACUUUUGCGAGGACUGUCUGACACUAUUCGCGACUUAGAGCCGCAUCAAGUGCACACGUUCUACGAAUCUGUCGGUCACAUGAUCGGCAGCGAGUUGAACCCGGCGAAGAGAGAAGAGUACGUGCAGCGAUUGAUGGCGCCUCCCAAUGAGCAGUGGCAACAAAUCAUGACUCAGGCGCGCCAGAAUAGUGAGUGCUUGAAGAAUCAAGACGUCAUCAAAAACAUCUUGAACAUUCUCAAGUCGAACACGCACUUUUGCAUGUCUCUUGGCCAACCGUUCCAAAACCAAAUGUCAGCCAUUUACGCGGAUGUUUUGAACGUUUACAAGCUUUACAGCGAAUUGGUCAGUCAAAGCAUCGCGGAAGGCGGGCCGUACGCAAGUAAGUCGUCCUUUGUCAAGUUGUUGCGCUCCGUCAAACGAGAAGUUCUUCGACUCAUCGAAACAUUUGUCGAACGCUGCGACGACCCGCAUCUCGUCGCGCAGCAGCUCGUGCCGCAGAUGUACGAUCCCAUCUUGGGUGACUAUGCGCGGAACAUUCCGGACGCGCGCGACGCCGAGGUGUUGUCGCUCUUCGCGGCAAUCAUCAAUAAGGUGGAGACUGCGAUGACCGAUGAAAUUCCGAAGAUCUUCGACGCCGUGUUUGAGUGCACGUUGUCGAUGAUUACGAAGAACUUUGAGGACUUCCCCGAUCAUCGACUAAAGUUCUUCCUGCUUCUUCGUUCGGUAACGAAUCACUGCUUCCGAGCUCUCGUUGCGUUGAGCCCGGCGCAUUUGAAACUCAUCAUUGAUUCCAUUGUCUGGGCAUUCCGUCACACCGAGCGCAACGUCGCGGAUGAAGGUUUGAACUUACUUUUGGAGAUGAUGAAGUACUUUCAACUCUCCGAAUACUGCAAUCAAUUCCACCAAAGCUUCUACUUGAUGACGAUGAGCGAGGUCUUCGCCGUCAUGACGGAUGGUUUUCACAAGCCAGGUUUCAAAUUGCACGCUCUCAUUCUGCAAAAUCUCUUCACUAUUAGCGAAAGUGAUCAAUUGAGUGCGCCUCUUUGGGACGUUGCGGCGAAGGGGGCGGGCGCUUAUCCGUCCAACGCGGCUUUCGUUCAAGAGCACUGCGCGCAGUUGUUGUGCACCUCGUUCCCGAACAUGCCACCAGCUGAAGUUCAAACGUUAGUUCUCGCGAUGUUCCAAUGCAAGAAUGACCUCGCGGCGUUCAAGUCAACGUUGAGGGACUUCUUAGUGCAGACGAAACAAUUUAGCAGCGUGGAUUUUGCAGAGGAAGAGCAAAGCCGGUUAGCGGCUCAGCGACAAGCGCGGCUUUCAGCUAUUCCGGGGAUGGUCAGCGGCGCGAACGUCGGUGACAUGGAUGACGACGAGUAG